UGUUGAUGUGCGUUUUGUCGAGUUGACAAGACGUGUUAAGCAGGUUAAAGAAAGAGUCUUGAUGGACACGACUGUGUGCGGCCUGCAUUGUGCAGUGUGACCGUAGACUGUAUGACGGGUCUCGCGUGUGCGUGUGAGUGUGUCUCAGAAAAGUGACGUGUGUUAGCGGUUAGUCUGGUGACGUGUCUCUAUUGCUCUUUCUUUUCUUACGGAGAGGCUGGAUGGAGCCUCACUGACUCCACUGAGCACUCAAACUGGUACCAGUAACACGGCAGGACUCGGCCUAAGGACACCAUGGGGAUUAAAUUUUUAGAGGUCAUCAAGCCGUUCUGUGCGGUCUUACCUGAAAUUCAGAAACCAGAAAGAAAGAUUCAGUUUAGAGAAAAAGUACUAUGGACUGCCAUCACACUGUUCAUCUUUCUGGUGUGCUGCCAGAUUCCUCUCUUUGGCAUCAUGUCGUCAGAUUCCGCAGAUCCCUUCUACUGGAUGAGAGUAAUCCUGGCUUCCAACAGAGGUACUCUGAUGGAGCUGGGCAUCUCACCCAUUGUCACCUCAGGCCUUAUCAUGCAGCUGCUGGCUGGUGCCAAGAUCAUUGAAGUGGGAGACACUCCAAAGGACAGAGCCCUCUUCAAUGGAGCUCAGAAAUUGUUUGGAAUGAUCAUCACUAUUGGACAGGCCAUUGUAUAUGUUAUGACUGGCAUGUAUGGAGACCCUUCAGAGAUGGGUGCUGGGAUAUGCUUGCUCAUCAUCAUCCAGCUGUUUGUUGCAGGUCUGAUUGUCUUGCUGCUGGAUGAGCUGCUCCAGAAGGGCUAUGGUCUGGGCUCGGGUAUCUCUCUCUUCAUCGCAACCAACAUCUGUGAGACAAUCGUCUGGAAGGCCUUCAGCCCCACCACUGUCAACACUGGCAGAGGUACUGAGUUUGAGGGAGCCAUCAUUGCUCUGUUUCAUCUCCUGGCCACCCGCACAGACAAGGUGCGAGCCCUGAGAGAGGCCUUCUACAGACAAAACCUGCCUAACCUCAUGAACCUCAUCGCCACCGUCUUUGUGUUUGCAGUGGUCAUAUACUUCCAGGGCUUCAGGGUAGACCUUCCCAUCAAGUCGGCGCGCUACCGUGGACAGUACAACACCUACCCCAUCAAACUGUUCUACACAUCCAACAUUCCCAUCAUCCUGCAGUCUGCCCUGGUCUCCAAUCUGUACGUCAUUUCUCAGAUGCUCUCAACACGUUUCAGCGGCAACUUCCUUGUCAACCUCUUGGGAACCUGGUCUGACACCACAAGUGGCGGACCUGCUCGGGCCUAUCCUGUGGGUGGUCUGUGCUACUACCUUUCUCCUCCGGAGUCAUUUGGUUCUGUUCUGGAUGACCCGGUUCAUGCUGUUAUCUACAUUGUCUUCAUGCUCGGCUCCUGCGCCUUCUUCUCCAAGACCUGGAUUGAGGUGUCAGGAUCCUCUGCCAAAGAUGUGGCGAAGCAGCUGAAGGAGCAGCAGAUGGUAAUGAGGGGACACAGAGAGACCUCUAUGGUGCAUGAGCUCAACAGGUACAUCCCCACAGCUGCUGCCUUUGGUGGCCUCUGUAUAGGAGGGCUGUCAGUCAUGGCUGACUUCCUGGGUGCCAUUGGUUCGGGUACAGGAAUCCUCUUGGCUGUGACCAUCAUCUACCAGUACUUUGAAAUCUUUGUGAAGGAGCAGAGCGAAGUGGGCAGCAUGGGAGCACUGCUCUUCUAGAAAAUACCAACCUUCUGACACACAUCAGACACAGAAUAUCCACCUCUAAUCAUUUUGUUACCACCUUUGUUUUCCACCAGACAUCUCUAGCACGUCAAUGCUGAGAAAACUGUUUUGAGUUACUCCCAGGGUUGCGCAUAGUAUUGUGUCUCUUCAGUCCUUUUACACCAGUAGCUAUCACCCAUCUCUUUGCAGGCUGCCUAAGUCCCCAAUGACUGUCUUAUCAGCCAAAGAAUACCUAAAAGCACACAAGUGUGAGGUGCUGUCUUUGGCUUACCUCAGGCAUUGUUCAUUGCAGCAUUGUUCAAGGAACACGAAGACAGCGACAACAUGUUAGUGCUCAUUUCAAGCUGAAAGCACAGUGCCUGGACAUUUAGAGGGAGUUGAAAGAAAGCCAUGUCAUGUUCAUCACAGGUAGCGGUCAUGCUUGAGGUUUGCAGUGGCCUAUCAUAGGAUGUCAAAGUGGAGUAUAAAUAAAAUACGCUUGUACUCCUGACAAGAUUUCUGAUAAUCUCAGACAAGCUGUUGGUGGUUUUUAUUUACAUUUUAUUUUGAUGUUUUAAAUGAUGGAUUAUGUUUAUGUUCACUCUGGUCUUAUGUGGGGCACAGUGUUUGUCCUCUGUCUCUGUGUCCUCAAAGGAAACUUUGUGUGUGUUGUCUUUUAUUCCAAGACUGAUCUGCUGCACAAUACUGCCGAGAUGGUCGGGAUGAGGGUGGGUUUGAUAGGGACAAAAAUGGUUUCAUUUUGGUUUUUACUUUAUGUAAGAGACAUAAUUGUGUUAUUAAAAACACAGGAUUUUUUUUCCAA